CCCAAUCCUCACCAAACGUGGCGCCUACAGUUUCGUCGCCGGCGAUCUGCUCCACGACCCCGCCACGGGACAUUCGCACUACUCCACCCUCCUUUCCCGGUACCAAAUCACCCUCCCCUUCGAAUUCACCCGCUCCCAUCUCCCCGCCGUUCCCAACCCCUCGUACAAACAAGCCGUGGACAACCACAUCCAGCUCUACCACCAAACCCAACAAAGACUCAUCGAACAAAAUCGACGGAACCAAGAGGCCCAAUUGCAAGCCGUGCGGUGGAGAGCUCAGCAACACAGCACCAGCAUGGCGUACCUCGUGGCGAGCACGAACGAUAAACAGUGGUGGUGUCAUCCGUGUAGCAAGGCGAAUUACAAUGACGAGAGAUGCGCUUGUGGGAGAAGGAGGGAUGGGUCGGGGUGGAAUAUGUAUUGACGACUUCUGUUCCAAGAACUACCAUGCUCCCGCAAAGUACAAGCAAGCAAUGGUUGAAAACUAGCGAUAUUUUGUGCACCUAUCGUAAUUCCAUCAUGUGGGAUUUGACUAGGGUUAGGCGUAGAAGAGAAUGGCACCUAUUAACAAUAUGUAGAUAGAAUACACUCGAAUUCAAAACACCGGUAAAAAAAAGCCCCGGUUUCCUACCUGGCAAGUCUUCCAAAGCGAAAGGGAAAACAUUGGUGACAAGCUUGACCAAUUUCCGAACCUUAUGGAAGCAGAAAACAACCGAUGAUUCAGUCGAAAACAAAUAUAGGUUAGGGUUAGGGUUAGGGUGGGGAUUACAGGAAGUUUUGAACCUGAAUAAUAAAGACAAACACUAAUCUCUGUCCCACAUGGGUCUAGAGGUGGUAGAACACGCACAAGGAACCCACAAACCCUGGCAAAAUCACGAGAACGCAUUGCAGAUACC